CGACAACAUUCCCUCUGCGCAUUGGCACUCAGUUCGAGCCGCCAUGGCGCGAGGCGAGUUUUCACGGAGCCUAAGGGCUGCCAUUGAAUGUCUAGGAACCGCCCCACGACCCCGACGCGAACCCACGAUACGAUGCGCUCACAGGAGCUUCCAGCCCCCGACUUCGCGAUGCAUCUCGACGACGGCAUCACGGCAUGCUGAGCUCAUCGGCGAGACACCAGAGAAGUUUACUGCGGCGCCCCCCAUUGAUUUCUCGAAAGAGGAUGGCAAGGGAAAGGGCGGGGGAAAGAGGCUGCUGCGGACACUACGCGUCGUGCCAGCGUCGCCAUCCUAUUUCAGUGCAAAGCCUACCUUUACCGACGACUUCAUCAACCUCUCCGCCCUCCUCCGCAAGGUCGCUACUCUGCCGACCAUACCGGCCUCGGAGGCCCCCAAAGUAGCAUGGAAGACCAUCGACCAGUACCGCAUCAUGACGAACGAGCCCGUCAAGACGCAGCGAUAUCACAAGAUGCUGCACAUACUACGGAGAUUGAACUGCAUCCAUCCGUCGUUGAUGCCUGAGGAGGUGGUGCAAGCAAUGCAGCGGUACAAGAAGGCCAGCCAGCCCGGCGACUUUAAGCCGGCCCCUGGCGUCAUAGACGAAUGGGGGAGAGCAAAGGGCGUGGGGCGGAGAAAGACUUCGUCUGCCGUUGCCUGGCUUGUGGAAGGAGAAGGCGAGGCUCUGAUCAAUGGCAAGUCCCUCGCGCAAUUUUUCGGACGACUGCACCACCGCGAGAGCGCCAUCUGGGCGUUGAAGGCCACACAGAGGCUGGACAAAUAUAAUGUCUUUGGGCUGGUCUCUGGUGGUGGGCCAACGGGACAGGCCGAGGCCUUGACAUUGGCGGUUGCAAAAGCGCUUCUUGUGCACGAGCCAGCGCUGAAACCGGCCUUGCGACGAGCUGGCUGCGUUACUCGCGAUCCGAGGAAGGUUGAAAGGAAGAAACCGGGACAUGUCAAGGCGCGUAAGAUGCCGACCUGGGUGAAGCGUUGAGGUUUCACCAACCAUGUACAUUACCUUGUAUCUCUUCAGCCACACAGCUGUCUAGCGUAUGUAGUCGAAUGCAAGCCGGUGGGCUAUAA